UAACACUGUUGCUGUCCUAGUCUUAUCUGUCAAAAAGCCGUUUGUUCUGUUGUUGGGUGUCGAAUUUCUUUGAAAAUUCCUAUUUUAACGUCCAUAGUCGCAACGCGUUGUAAUUCUUGGUUGUUUAAAAUGGUUUAAUUACGAUUCUAUCCCGUAAAUUAUCUCGAGUGGUUGUAAACAGUAUCACAAUUAAGUUGUAAACAAAUCCAAAAUGUCCGUUCCUAGCACUGGUCUGAGUAAAUUGAAGAAGAAACACAUCCGUGUAAAGCAUCAGAAAGUGAAAUUAUUUCGUGCAAAUGAACCAUUACUAUCUGUGUUUAUGUGGGGUGUAAAUCAUACGAUAAAUGAGCUAAGUCAUGUCAGCAUUCCAGUUAUGUUGUUGCCAGAUGACUUUAGAGCUUAUUCUAAGCUUAAAGUGGAUAAUCAUCUGUUUAACAAAGAAAACAUGCCAUCUCAUUUCAAGGUGAAGGAAUAUUGCCCUUUGGUGUUCAGAAAUUUGCGGGAGAGGUUCGGUAUUGACGACAUCGACUAUAAAGAGUCACUUACAAGGUUUAGAAAGCCAGAUAACUACCUCCGCUCAAGGGUACAGAAGAGGUUUUGCAGUAAGCUACGACGGUCUGCCACCGCGCCCACCGGUGUCGCCGAUCUGAAAAACGAAACCCACCAAGAGGGCAUAUUCCAUGACGCGGGUGAAUUCGUCAAGCGCGGCCUGACUAUAAAACGCCUGAGAUCUCAGCCUACGCCCGACGACUCGUCAGGCAAGUCUGGCGCCAAGUUCUAUCAGAGUUACGAUCGGCUGUACAUAUUAAAGACUUUGACAUCCGAGGAGGUGGAGAGGAUGCACUCGUUUCUUAAACAUUAUCAUCCGUACAUAGUGGAGCGGCACGGCAAGACGUUGCUGCCGCAAUACCUGGGCAUGUACCGGCUGACGGUGGAUGGCAUCGAGCACUACCUCGUCGCCACUAGGAAUGUUUUCUCGGAUCAUCUCAAUAUACAUAGGAAGUACGAUCUGAAAGGCUCAACGGUAGACCGCGAAGCGUCCGAGAAGGAACUAGAGAAAGAACUGCCCACUCUGAAAGAUAACGACUUCAUCAAACAGGGUGUCCGUAUCGACAUUGGCGAUGCUGCUAAAGAAAAGCUACUGGAAACCCUGACUGCUGAUGUUGAGUUCUUAACGAAGUUACACCUGAUGGACUACUCGCUGCUGCUGGGCGUGCACGAGUGCGGGCGCGGCGAGGCGGAGGCCGAGGCGGCGCGCGCGCGGGACGCGGAGCGCGACAGCGACAACGGGGACACCGAGUCCGAUUCCGACACCGACAACCGCCACCACGGCGCCAGAAUGGGGUACAAUACGCCGCCAGAUAGUCCGCGCGGCUUCGCGCGGCAGUCGUCGCUGCGGUACCAGGGCAUCAUACCUGAGCUGGACAUCUACGCCAUACCCAGCCAGGAAGGUGCAUUCAAGAAAGAAAUAUAUUUUGUCGCCUUAAUUGAUGUUUUGACGCAUUAUGGAGUUAAGAAACAGGCUGCUAAAGCCGCGAAAACGGUGAAAUACGGCAGCAACGUGGACGGCAUAUCGACCUGCGACCCGGAACAGUAUGGGAAGCGGUUCAUAGAGUUCGUCACGAAAGCCAUCGAGGGCAACUAAGUGCCCACCGGCGACGCUUCUCUUAUCACACCGGGGCUUCAACUCUCAAGGAACAGAUGUGCGCAAUUUAGUAAUUUACUUUUUAUAAUAAAAAUAAGAACAAUCAUCAGGAUUUGAAUUGUGGACGUUUGGAUUGGGUGAGGGCGCUGUGGUCGCCUGUCGUUUUCAAAAUGGUGUCGGUGGUCAUAAUUUGUUAUUUCUUUUAAUUGUUGUAAUUAGGAAGCUUAAAAUUGUAUUGAGAUUGUAAUAUAAAUAUGAAUUUGAUGCCAAUACGUUGACCUUGAAAGACGUUACAUUACUCAGUGUGAGAGAAAGCGGUCAGUUUUCAACCGUUUCUGAUCGGGGUGUGAGCGAGAUGGAAAAUAUGCGAAAAUAAAUCAGGUCUACGUUUAUUGGCUUCAUUAGUCUGUUCACGACAUUGUCUACAUUGGAUAAGCUUCUUGGUUGUAACGGUAAUUUCGCUUUGUUCAUUUAAGCGCGAAACGUGAGGUUGGAGAAGGCGCGUCCUUAUUAUGUUACACACCGUAUACCAUAACAUUAGGUUUGUGUGAUACAAACUAAAUUGGUUAAUUGAAAAUUGGACAUUUAUUUACAAAUCUCGUUUGAAACAGUAUGAAACUCUGAGUUAUGUGGUUACGGUACCAUUUGACAGUCUCGAUUACAAGCGAUUUUUAGUAGAUGAAUAUGAAAUGGUAACCACGUGAGCACUGUUGGGCGAGGUACUGAGAUAUGAUAGGUGAGAAUGAAGUCAGGUCAAUCGGCCUAUCUUGACAAAUUCCCUAGAAAUUGACCACGAUGAUUGCCAGGAGAGACCGCGUAGAGGUCGACCUGAUAGAAUAUACUGUUUAAGUAACUUAUCAAUUGCUUAUCUCGCCCCAAAAGUUAAACUGUCAAACGGUACAUCAAUAGUUUCAAAAGAUUUUCAAUGUUUUAAACGAGAUUUGUUAGCAAUUAAGCAAUAUAAUCAAGCCGCUGAACUCUACGGCUAUACUAUAAGUUUCAUGACAAAUUUUCUUUGGGCACACAAGUCAAGGAUUGUCACAAUUUUUUUACUUACUGACGAUUAAUAGAUUAGAUUAUAGAUAGGCAUUGCUGGCUAGUAUCAAAAGAAAAUUUGUUAAAAAAUAUUAUAGUAGGUUGAAAAAGAAAUCAUUCUGUCAUAAAAUCGGCACUUACUUUAGUUUUCCGCUAGUUUCUCGACUGAUUAUGUUCCCAUUCGAUUCUCUGAUAGGAAUUAUAUUGGAAUUUACAGGGUGUCGUAGAUUUUCUUUGUUUGCAUAUGGGACAGAUUGUAGAAAAGGCAAAUUGUAUCACAAGGACUAAUCGUGUUAUUAUGCAUGUGGAAAUCUCGUCUUUCUUCAUUUUGUAAUAUAUAUAUAUAUAUUCUUUCUAGAAUUCAUAGUUAAAUUAAUAUAUAUUUAAUAUUUCAAUGCUAUUUCUGUAAUAUAAUUAUUUUUAAGUUUAUCUAUUACAGACAAAAACAUAAAGUCUUUCCUCUUUAAUAUUGGUUUAGAUAUUUACUUACUGCAAAUCAUAACUAGUUAAUGUUUUUUUGCAACUCUGAAUUUCUACUUUAUGUAUACUUUUUCAUUAAAUAUUUUUGAUAUUUGGAUCGAGUUUGAGAAGUCACUUCUCUAAAUUUAACUCUAAAAUUAAAAUUUGAUCUUGAUAUCACAGUACAAUCCUUAUCUAUCCUCUAAGAUUAAUAUUAAAUAAUAGUCUUGACUUAAGUUUAAGGCGGUAGUCACUUACUAUAAGGUGAGCGGCAUGCUCGUUUGCUCCCUGUGGUGUAAAAAAGUCUGUUCAAAAUUUGAUUCUUACAUUUUUAAUAGAUUUCCUAUUCUUAUUAGCCUUUAACUGUCCACUGCUGAACAUAAGCCUUGGGACGGUUUGCCAGUAGUUGCCACGCUUACCGCAACCGUAGUUGGGCUUUGGAAAUGUUAUAAGAGGGACGCUGCGACCCAACCCUCGCUCUCCCUUAGUCGCCUCUUACGACGCCCACGGGAAAGAAAGAGGUGGUUAAAAGUAAUAAAAAUUAAGAGCUUUUUUAAUACAUUUAAGUCAAGAUUAUAAGUUUCUGUUGGUCCAUAAAACAAUAAUUUCGCAAAAUUAUCCAAAUGAAUUAGCCCAUUCAUUGCCUUUUUGGGAAUUUGUCCAUAUGCAAAAUACAAAGGAUAGAUUUAAUGGGCAGUAGUGAGUUUAGAUUUCAUUUCUCACCCCUCCAAGUGAUCAAGAGAAGCGCCCCAAUAUUGUUGUUACUGUCUAAGAUACGCUCCACAAUAUGGUAACUGUAAGUACGUUUAUAAAUGCGAAUAAAUAAAAUUCAUGGUGUUAAAGUAGUAUGGAGGUGUAUAGUAAGUUGCUACUCAUAUCGGCGAAAGAGUUGGACCGUUUUGUCAUUUUCAAAUAUCUCAUAUUUAUUCUAAACUCAGAUGCCAGGGUUGUCAGACUUGUGUUAUUAAAAUAAUAUUGAAAUAAAGAUUUUUUUUUAUGUGUGUAUACGAAAGUAGAUAAGAACGAAUGAGCUGUCCCUGAGUGUCAGUUUUUGAGCUAGAUCUUCUUAAUAGAUGAUUAUGGAAUGGUAACCUCGCCUGCUCUAAUAGUAUACGUUGGCGGGGCAUCAGUGAGAGAGCGAUAGGUUAGGAUGAAAAGGCAGGUCAGUCGGCCCUUCGUGAUUAAUACAUCUAGAAUUAAACAUGAUGGUUUUCAGAGGGGACCGCGAGAUGGUCUACCUGACAGGGCAUAUUGUUAGCAAUCGGGUUGCCAGUUUCUAAUAAUCUCUUUUUCUUUCAUUAAGGCAGGUAAGAGGUAAAGAUACAAAAAAAUUUUGCAUUAGUAUUUUGUAAUAUGAAAUUUGGGUUUUUUAAUAUUAAACACAGUCCUCUUAAAAACACAUUUAUACAACUGUCUAUUUUUGAUAGACACUUAAAGGGUCUAAUUAUGAUCGAUCAUUUAAGAUAGUAAAUGCUGAAUUUUAUAUAUAUUAUGUUACUGGAAUAGCCCUUUAGUGAUAUUUUGGAAAUUGUCAGAGAAAUUGUAUGUGUAUAACACUUUUAGAAACGGUUGACUCCACUGUCCAGUAAUCUUGAAUAAAAUGAAUAUUAUUAAUAACAGAUAUAAUAGAGGUCUGACGGCCCUGGCAUCUUAAUAUAUUCGCUUCGCGUGCGAAUUGACACUCUUGAAAUAGUUUAACGAUUUCGAACUACUCACACACUGCACUCGUCGCAAUACGUUAAUCUGAUAAAUAUAAUUUUAUAAUAAAAAAUAAAAUUUACAGGAGCGGGUUCAAGGGUGCACGGUGGGUGCAAUUUAAUAAUAUAUAAUAAAAGAAUCUGGUAAAAUAAUAAACAGCUAGUGUUUUUUAAACGUUUUGUAUAUAUUAGAAAAUAUUUUAAUAGGUAACCCUGCAUUUGGGAGUAAUAAAUUAUUACCAGGUGGAAAAAAUUACUUUCCCAUAAUUCUAUUAACUUUGAACUUAUAUUUUUCAAUCCGUUCCUAAAUUAAAAAUUUUGUGCAGUUACAAUCAGUUUUUUUUUAAAAUUGUUCAUUUUCUUGCAACUGUCGUUUCAAAGACGGAAAAGUAAAAAAUAAGUUUAAAUCUCUCUACUUUUAAUAUUUUAUUUGGAAUGUGGACGAACAGUUAAAUAUUUAGUUCUAAUAAGUGUAUAAAACAUAUUUAUUGGGAAAUCAGAAAAAUUAUAUUUGAAAUGGAGGGUUUUUGGUCUCUCUGCCUACCUCUCAAGAUUUGGGGCGAAGAUAGGAUAGAUCUCAUUGAAAUUGCCCCCGCCCUGUAUCCGCGCCUGUACUUACUACGUGAAUGGGAAAGAUUUGUGUAUUUAGCUUCGCUAGUUCGUAUCCUUAGGAAUAUUGAACUUGAAUGUUGUUUGGGAAUGAAAGGUGUUAUGGUCGAUUCAAAAGCGCUAUUCUCUCUCUCUCUCUAAAAGAAAAAAUGUUAGUUUAAAAUGUAUUUCCAAAAAUUGAUUGGGAGAGAAUACUAUAUAGUAUUAGGUCCGCCUUUUGUACCAAAACAUUUCCAUGUAAUGUGGUCAAUGUGCAUCAUAACCUAAUAUUUCCGCAAAAUUAAAUUUUAAAUUUAGAACAAUAAAAUACGUCACAGAAUCGUUCGCAUUAUCACAUGUGUGUGAUAUCGAUACGUGAUAGUGUUAUUGUAUUGAUGAUUUUGAAAUUGUGUAUAAAAAUUAACAUCAUAAUGGUGAUUUGUGAUGAGCCGGUGGGAUGUAAUGUAUAAUUUUAAUGUAUUUGUUGUGUAAAUGACGUUUAAUUUAAUUAUUUAUCGAUUAUUUACGUUGUAAGGGGGUAUUCAUUGCUAUCCUUUGAAGUGGCCACAUACUAUUACAUCAUAUUUUUUUUUAAAUAUAUGUCUUAAAAAUUCUAACUUUUCACAAAUUUUAUAAAUGUAAGAGUUUUAAGAGUGUAUUACAAAAUUUCAUUCGAAUCCAUUCAGCCUAUUAGGUAGUAUUCAAUAAAAUUUCGUAUACAUAUAUAGAUUUAUUAUCUUAAUAAUUCAGACAAUGAUCAGGUUUCAAUCUUGCUUGAUUAAAGUCGAGUCGAGAUAUACGUGCCUUAGGUACUUUGUCUUGUCUCGCUCCUUUUAUUAUCUUGCCAGUGGUCUCUGCUUCAGAUGAUAGUAACAAAGGAAACCCUGUAUAAAUGAUGACACAGUAUUGGCUAGCCGCGUGCGCGUGCGUGAGUAGUUUGAAAACCGUGACGCGGUCCGAAUUCGACGACGGACGUAUCGUCUUAUAUUUGAACUGAUAUUAAAUUUUUAAGAGCACAUUUUGCAAUAAUUUUCAUAACUCGUUGUUAGCUUUUAUAAUGUUCCGCUAUCGCUUAGUUAUAGUAUGGACAAAUUAAUAAAAUAAAAUAAAAUAUUAAAUAUCAUUAAAUUAAAAUGUUCACGUGUUGAAAUUGGACGUUACUCGUCAAGGGAAUGUAACGUUGUUAGUAUGUACAACUGUUGUAUAACUAAAGGCCUAUUUCACACUGGUGGAAAUAUAACGUUCUCAAUUGUGUGGUUAUGGGGUUAUUGCACUCUCACUUGUCUCUAAUAAAUUUGUUAUUAAUGCACUUUCAAUGUCAUUAAAAUAUUUUACAAUUUCUUAGUCUAGGAACGAUCUUCUAAGAGUACAUUUUGUUUCUAAUCUUUUUUUUUUUUUCUCUAAAAUGAUAAUGUAGUAACUCCUCAGAGUCGUGGUGUAAGUGACGAAUGAAGAGAAUGGUUUAUCGACUGUACCACCAUUGUGGAACGGGUUUUAGUUCUUUAUAGUACAUAUAAAAUAAACAUACUAGUGUAUACGUAUGUUUAUAAAUACGCCCCCUUAAAGUUCGCUUGGUCUAUGAUUUAUCCAUUUUUUUGCUGUAAUUAUGUCAACAAUAUUUUCAAACAAAGAGAACAAAUUACUAAAAUUGUACUUUUUUAUUAUUAUCUAAUUACAAUUUUGAAUUAUUGUAGUGUUUAGGGUCAAUGCAGACUGAUGUAUUGAUAGUGAAUUCAGUAUCAUUUGCAUUUUGAUAUUGGUACAACAAACAAAUGGUGGCUAAUAGAGUCGUACAGAGAGGUGUGACGGUUUUGUGAGAGUAUCGCGCGUCGCUCAUUGUGCGUUACGACUAAUGUAUUAAUACGUUCCGUUAGUCUACACUGACCCUUAGGCCCGGUACAGACAUACGUAUUUUCUACGUCAUGUGUUCUGCUAAAAGUUAUUGCAAUUUUAGGCUUUAUGCUAAUUACAUAAAGCUUAUUUUGUAAUGUAACCCGCGCAGCUAGCAGCAGUCUACGCUCAAUUCCUUUUGCCUUCGUAUGCCUUCAGCAAGGUUAAUUUUGAAGGCAGUUGCGUGUACAAGGAUUGUAAGUGUAGUUGUAUAAAUGCCUUUAAAUUUAACGAUAUAGACCAAGUGAUACUUCGACAUUAUUAUUUCCUAAUAAUUCACGACACUUCGCCAAUAUACAUAUUAUAUACCUAAAGUUUGCUUAGUUUCUAUCUAGCGUAGAAAAUAGUACGGUUUAAGAUUUUGUUAUUUAUUAUUCUAUAUCGAAUUAAGACUUGGAUUGUUAUUGGAAGUCUUUGUGAUGUACUGUGAAAAUAUUGCGAGCCGACUGCGGCGAUAGCUAAUUGAAAUUUUGAAAACACGUCUUCAUCACUUUUUGUAUAGCUCGAUAAGAUUUGUAUAAGGAAAAAUAGGUUCGAUCAUUUUAUUUGCAGGCACUUCGAGUAUUUUUGUAACUCGAUUGAACAGAAAUCAGCUAUUGGAAUGUAUGUCUGACAAGUUAUGAAUGUGGAUGAAACAAGAGAUGUGUAUAAUGCGUAACAAAUGACUACAUUUAUCGUGAUGUGUUCACAGAGAUGUUCCACUUACAGUUUGUAUUAUAAUGUAUAGAUAUAAGAAUAUGCCAUGUAUCUAUCAAUGGUGGUCUUUGCGGAGUUUAUUACUUUUUUUUAUAAAUAAAGGUGUGGUAAUCCCACCUUACUCUAGCGAGGCAACAGUGAGUGUUGAUAAGUGAGGAUGAAGUUCAGACCAGUUGACAUACCAUGAUGAAUUCACCAUGAAUUAAUCAAGGUAAUUUACAGGGGGAACCAUGAAUAGCUCGACCUGGCAAGGUAUAUUGCUAGCAAUAAGGCAGUUGAUCUUCAUUAUUAACAGUAUCUUCUCCCCGGAAUUGUUAACUGUGUCUGUACAUUGAAUAGGUGUUGCCUGCAAGUUGCAAAAAGUGAUGAAUUCGCAAAAACAUGUUAUCAUGAGCGUUGACUCAUUGUAAUCGAGACUCGAUAUAUUUGCCACUAUUAUAUAUAAUGUUUUUACUGUGUGUUCAAAUACAAUUUAUCUGAAUAAUCAGUAUUUUGGGUUCACCCUUUUGUACUUUUUAUAUAGAAGCCACUAACGGACAGAUUUGAAUAGAUACCGGAAAUGUACCAUAAUGUAUAUGAAAAUGAGUGAGGGUUUUCUAUUUUCCAUCUGGUGCUUUCCACCAGGCGGGCUGUAUAUUUGAUUAUCAAUGUCGUAUAAAAAAACCAAGGUUGCCCUUAGUAUUGUAUGAAAUGUGCGGAAUAAAGGGGCAUAGAUUAUAUUAGUAUUUUUUUAGAUCUCAUUAUGGUGAAUAAAAAAGGAGAGGAGGUAUCUGCAACUUCACAUAUGGAGCCAGAUUACGGAUCCAAGUGUACUGAGGGCAAAAUUUGGGUAUGAAAAUUGGGGGCAAAGUAUGGGUACACAAAAUAUGGCAAAAUCGGUACUUUUUACGUAAAGGACAAAAUUUGGGUAAGCAAAAUAGGGGUAAAUUUGGUUCCCAAAAUAGGGGCAAUAUAUCGGUACGCAUAAUAGGCACAGUUCCGAUAUCUAUUUAAAUCUGCUUGUAUUUUUUAUUUUAUCAAAGCAUAGAUUUUGUGAUAGAUAUUGUUUACUUUUAGAUAUUAAUUUUACUUUUAGUUAUACACAAAAUAGAUCACUCCGAUUUAAUUGAUUUUAACUCCUUGUGUUUGUUUUUUAAUUAAUCAUCAUUUUUUAUAUAAAUAUUCCAAUUGAAUGGCAAUUUUAUGCUAACGUGGUUAUGGAGUGGUCGAUCUAAGUGGAUUUAAAGUACAGGUUCUUUCACACAUCAACAAAUUAUAUUCCUGGGUCGUGUGCUGUUUAAAAAAUAAAAACGGCUUAUACAAGUAAAUUUUAUUUUUCGAGCGGUCCACGAACACUGUAAUGUAAAUGUAACAUUUAAAAACGAAGCCAUCAGGAUUAUUCCUUAUGAUUUACUUUAAGCUUUGUUUUUUGACGAUGUCUCAUCGUCUGCAACGAAUUGUCUUUGACGGAUGUAUGUGUGAACAGGCCGUAGUCCUUUCUCACUCUUAAAUGUGAAGUGUGUGUAAUUACAUACCGGCAAAUAAUUUGAGCACAAUAUCAAUGCCAUGUUUUGCAGUCUCUAACAAUUGAUAUGCAUAAACAUCUACUGUUGCGCGUUGUUUAUCAUUGUGUACAACUUGUUUGCCCUGACUGUACUCGGCUUCACAUGUCAACGUAGAUUCCUGAACAAUGUGUUAGUCAUGGAAAUGAUUAAUAAUAUUAUGUCAUACGUGUUGCCAUUGUUUAGGUUGGUAAUAUUAUUUUUAUUUGUAGUUGUUACAUUGAAUAGGUUUUAUUUUCUUGUUAAACGGUGACGGUUGAUGCCACGUGCCUGUCUCGGCAUAUAUUUAUUAAUAAAUACGUUAGCUUCGCUACGGACAUAGGUUAUUUGGUAUGUACGCAACACGAUUGAAAUGUUAAUUCUCUAGUCUCCUAAUCUUGUAAAGACAAAAAUGUGUAUGAAAAAUUGAAACUUAAUUUUUUAAACAUUCGGUUUAUAAAGUUUCUGCAUUAUA